CACCUAAGCAAAGUUGUCGAAUUCAACAAAUGAGAAUCGAAACUCCAGUCAAUUGAGUUUCGUACCUACGCCUCAAAGGGUAGCGUUUUUAAAAUAAAUGGUUAAUAGUUACUAAAUAUAAUCUCAAAAAUGGAUGUCUUUCUAAUGAUUAGGCGAAAAAAAUUAACCAUCUUCACGGACGCUAAAGACACGACAACGGUACUGGAAUUAAAGAAAAUGAUUGAAGGCAUCUUAAAGACUCCUCCCCCGAGUCAGAUGCUGUUCAACAAGGACAGCCAGCUCAUGGAAGACGAGAAGACCCUGGCGGAGUACGGACUCACCUCGGCUACAGCUAAAGCUCAGUGCCCGGCACCCAUCGGACUUGCUCUAAGAAAGGAAAGCGGCGAAUUUGAAGCUCUGGAUCUGACCCCGUAUUCGUCGCCCCCGGACCUGCCCGAUGUCAUGAAGUCACAGGAAGCCAAUGGACAGGAGCAGAUGGACCAGCACUAAGCCGCCGGACCGCGCCCGCGCCGCGACACACCGCAUAUAAACAUACUUAUUUUGUUAAUCAUUUAUUGAUUUGUGCUCGAUUUUAACAAUUCUGUUGCUACACGUUUGUUUGUAGUAUUUUUGUGAUGCUUUGUAACGGAUGACGUUUUUAUUCGGUGCGGGACAAAAUGCUGGGAGCUUCCACGGCACGCCAAGGAUCAAAUGUCGACACUUUAUUGUAUGUAUCCAUUGUAUAAUAUAUUACGUGGAUCUUCGCGUGGAAGUUUCUAGCAAAUGUAUAAGAACAUCAUUUUCACUCAAACGGCUUUUGGCGAAUUAUUUCGCGUGAUGCUGUAAUUAAAAUUUAUUAUUAUUUAAAUAAAAUGUCAAUCAGCACAUUAAUUGACUGAAGUAACAUAAUACCGAGUGUCAUCACGCGAGUUCGCCUCAGACCUGAGCCAUGACAUCUUGUUUAAAUCUUUCAACUUUUCCGAAUAUAACAUUCGUGCCUCUCAUGUUUGCACUAAACAAUACUUUGUGUAUAAGGCUGCACCUAUACGGUAGCUCGCUCGGCAGGGCGGGGCUGCCGACGGUCGCGGCAACCUUACAUCCAAGGAACCAUUUAUAUUAUGCGUCCAUGGUAGGUGCAUACCGUCAUUGUAUUGUUUCGCUCAAUCUCUAAACGCUAAAGGAAGCUUUUCCUGUCUAACGCUAGUUCAAAAUGAAAGGAACCUUUUCUUGUCUAAACUAAAAAAAUCUAUUUGUAGUUUCAGUGUAUAUGAAAACCUCUUGACAUAGGAAAUGGCACAUUUGUGGUCUUAUGAACUUUCUAGUUUAGGCAGUAAAGGGCUCUUUAUUUACUACUUUGCUUUUCCCUCGCAGUAAAAUCUAGCCAAUAAAAAUAAUUUAACCUUAACGACUUUUUUUAUAAUUUUACUAAAAGAAGUAGGGGUAAUAUCAACUUGAUUAUUUGAUGGUUCGUAGUAACCUUGUUACAGCCUAACAUAAAUGAGAAGGGUAGAUUCAUAUGCGUUUUCAUCGCGUUGCAAUGGAAGAUGACUACUAACUAAAUAAUACCUUGAUGAACUAAUUUGGGUCAUUCUGAGAUGUGAAUUUGUAUUGCUAUUAUUUUUUACUAUUUUAGUACUUACAAAAUAAAACUGAUAACGUUUAUUUGGCUCGUGUGUAGUGUAACAAACUUAUCAGUAUUCCGUCAUUAUUUAUUAAUCAACAAAAUCUUUUUUUUGUUUUUUUUUUUUCACUUCUAUUUCAACGAACAACCAGCGGCGAGCCCCGCUCAGCCCCCCACCCCCUUCCGUGGGGGGCGCAUUCACCUCACUAGCCUAACUUCUCUGUUGCUUAUAUCUGUUUCCUUCACGUCUGGUGCACCAGCAUAGCCAUUAUUACGAAACAGUAAGGCCUUUUUAGGAUAUUGACGUCUUGCCUGUAUUUUACGUGAAGUACGCAUAAUCCUUGGUCUUGAGAAGUGUGCACCCGAUACUAGCGCCAUCAAGUGGCGCGGCAUAAAAGUGAAGUGAAGUGUUGCCAGCUGCGCCACUGAUGGACGCUGCAAUAACUUGAUUUAUUUUUUUAGCAUAAGGUUUAAAUUAAUGGUUUGUGAUACAUAACGACGUUAUACGAAUUGUUAAUGCAUUUCUUGAAAUUAAAAUGGUUGAAGUGUUGUUUUUAAAGUAUGAAACUAAAGAACCUUACAUUUUUUACAUAUUAAUUUAAUGGAAUAGGUUCUGUUCUGUUUUCUUACUUAGCACAACCCUUCAACUGUUUCUAAAAUUUUAUUUUUGUAUACAUAUUUCUUACGAAUUUAUGAUUUCAAGUCCUGUACAUUAAGUUUGCUCGACAGAUAUAACCAACAGACCUUUUUCAUUGUACAUCUUUUUUAUGAUAAAAUAUUUAACUAGCAUAUAGUUAUAGCUGAUACUUGUAAUAGGGAGUAAAUAGGAGCUUUUCAUCACGGGGCUGCUGCGCCCUCUAUUGUGAUUUAAUAAUAACUAAUAUAUCUCCCGUCGCCCAGUCCUCGACGGAUCGCUAUUUACUUUUUUAACGGGAACUUUUAGCAUCGAUUGGUCAAUUUAGGUGCAUAGCUAGCUAAUAAGGCCCACGGGUCGGCGAGGUUACUUUCAGAUCUAAUCCAAGUUAGAAUAGUUGGGUAUUAAACGAUAUUGCACUUUAUUGUACUAUAACAUAGGAUAGAUAAACCAUCGUUCACCAUGGCCACUUAGGAAAACAUGUCUUCAUUCAACUGCAGUGUGUGUGCAAUUGUGCAUGUUUGGUAAUCUACAUUUAUACACAUGUAGGUAAAGUUAGAGCAACUAAAAUCUUUACAGGAAGGGUCGCCCAGACACAACUGAAUUUAUUUAUUAAUGUCUAUGGUUUGAAUGUCAGUGCUUCAUAACGUUUCAUGUUUAACAAAUUUCAGUGACCACAAUAGACAUUCAGAUUGAGGCAGGGAAGCCACCUUUUUUUCCAAAAGUCCAAUUCGAUUGUCUUGUCUAUAGUCUAUGCCAUAUGGUGUUGUUGAAUUCCCUACAAAAAAUGUACCGUCAUCAGGAGCGCCACCAAUGAUAAGCUUUACCGACCUUCCCCAUUCAGAUAUUUCUGUGGUGGCCCUAUCAUAUGUGAACACUUCUGGGCUUAUUUAAACACAGCUAUAAAAUACUGCCCUCUACCACGCGUUAAAAUAACAAGUUUUUUUUUCAGUAUAGAACCAUGGUGUUAUUCAAUUUUGGGUCCCCGGUUAGAUAACCUUAGUGGUUACUUGGUUAGUCAUUGUAUCCUCUCGUACAAUCCUGUUUCGAUGAUGGAUAAGUCACAUAAUCAAUGUAAUUAUUUAUUUCGAGUCUCAGGCAGACAAAGAACCGAUGGCCAAAAUAUUCAGCUUAUAAAAAUGAGGUGCUGGCGUCACUAUGAAGUUUUAGUAGUCCCUAUAUCAUUUAAAUGUUUAUAGAAAGUUUAUUUUAGAAAAUUUAGUAAAAAUUACUUAGAACAAUACCCUUUGUAGGCGUCGGUUCUUUGGUAUGUCUGUAUCUGCAUUCUCCAUUAGUAAUGAAACAUUUAACUAGAGAUACAGAGUAUGUAUGAAAUAGCGUAGUAUUUCAUGUGCGCGUAUGGAAGUCUACAAUUAAAUGAACCAGCAGGAAAUAAAGCUGUUUUGAUUUGU